AAAACAACCCAAAGGAACCCCUGUAGACCCAAUGCUGUGACUCCGGUUUGCCCAUGCGAGACACGAUGACAAGAAUCGCGUCGCAGAGGUCCAUGCGCAUUCCAACUUUCGGAAGGGUCCGUCGGAAAUGGCGAUACCACGUUGGCGAGUGAUGGCGGGCGAUGGCGGGCGAUGGCGAGCGCGUAGCCAAGCAAAGAAAAAAGAGGCGUCCGACCGUUGCAAUCGGUCGAGAUGCGACAAAAGCCGCUCUCACGCCGCUCUCAGCCCGAAGAUGAUCGAUCCAAACUCCCAGAAAUGCAUUUCAGUCCGAGCACAUGAUUAAGAUGCAAAAGAAAAGCGAAGCAAAAGUGGACGAGGGCACAAG